AUGGUUAAUGCAGAUGGUCCUGUUAAUAGCAGUGUGAAAUCAAUCAAAUCUGAGAACUUGCUAGGCGAUCCUUCCCCUGACAGUGGGUUUGUUGGAAAUUUUAACAAUACUGAUAGUGCUUCAAGACAGGGUCUUUAUGGAAACCAGUCGGAAUCGAACGGCUAUAAUCACUCCUAUGGUAUUGGGGGGCAGCAGGAGUCUAACAGGGGUAUUGGUUCAUCCGUUGAGGGCGAAAGGUCAAAAUCAAACAGCCCGGGUCCGGAUACUGGACUAAAAAACCCUGCAGCAAGGAAACUAAAUGAACCUAUUAACUACGGGAGUAUAAGUAGUUAUGGGAUAAAUGAAAAUAAUGAAAAUGGUGAAGGUAUUGAUGAUUCGGUAUAUCUAAGAGAUGAUGAGUACGAUGAUAGGAGGAAGUACAAGAGAUUUAUGCGUGAUUGGAGGCUACUUAUGGUUAUAUUGGUAGUUAUUAGCAGUGUAUGGCUUGUUGCUGCAUUUAUCAGCGACUACCUCUUUAAUAUCAGUUUUAUGAAUUAUAACAGGACGGCGGGAUUUGAAGACAUAGCUUUGAUCUUCAUCUCUAUGAUUGCAAAUAUAAUGACUUACUUAUUAAGCCGAAUAGGGCAGUAUUCCAAAGUUGAGCAGUAUGCGAAUAUGAUACUCUGUGGGUUGACGCUACUAAAUCUAUUUAUUGCUGUUUGUACCAGGUAUACGAGGACUAGGAUGGGAAAGGUUGGCGUUAUGACCUACUUAUGGGUAGCAUUUUCUUUUGCCGUCAGCGCAUUAUUUGAAUGGUAUUUGUAUACAUUCAAAAACUAUAGUGACAGGGAGAGACACACUAACAAAGGUCGCAGUGCAUGGAAAACCACUACGGCAGCUUUGAAGGAUUGGAGCUUUGCUGGUGCGCAGAACAUGAUUAAGCUUGUGUUGAUGGGAUACCUUCUUUUGUUCACCCUUAACAAUUUCUUACAUGCUGUUGAUCUUCAUCGGGCUAGGAACCUAAUAAAUAGCAUGCAAGCGUCCGCAACUUCAGAUAAUUGGAGUGCAUUACAUUGGGCAAAUGAGGAUCACACGUACCAGCUCCACAUCAGGUGCUAUGGUGAUGUAUAUGCCAACUCUUCAGAGUCAGGUAGGCAAUUGAAACCAAUAGUGCUAUACGAACAUGGAGGUGCAGAUACUGGGUACCUUUCGAUGAAAUGGAUUCAAGACUUGUACUCCAUGAACCGUAUCGAUAGGUACUGUACAUAUGACCGCCCAGGCUAUGGGUUGUCAGAUGCUCCACCAGCGCCUAUUUCUAUAGGACUGACAGCGGAAGGUCUCAAAUACGCAUUACUAAAAGAAGCCAAUAUAACUGGACCAUUUAUUGCAGUUGGCUAUGAUAUGGGAGGCUUAGUAACACAGGUAUUUACAGCGAAGAAUACAGACUUGGUUAAGGGUAUGAUGUUAAUUGAAUCAUGGCAUGAAAACAUGUUACUGAACAGUCAUUUCAUGAGUCCAAUACCCGGAGAUUAUUAUGACCCCGACUUUAGGCCGAAGAUACCUUCUGAAAUCCGCAAACCAUACAGAGUUUCUACCUGGUGGAGGGGAAUACUAUCAACCAUUGGUCUAAAAUUACAAACUUCAUGGCUCAUUGCACAUCGCGGCAGCAGAGAACGACUAUUAGGACGCGACAUGAUCUACCAGGGGAAGUAUUUGAGAACGAAGUUUUUAGAAGCAAUCACAAACCCUGUUUUAAGUUUCAACGAUGUUGUUAAUAGCCAUGAGAGGCUAACACAUAUUCCUACUAGUGUUGUUACUAGCAGGGACAUGAUUAAGAAGAACAAAAUGUGGGGCCAAUGGCAGCGAGAACUUACGCGGAUAUCUGGCAAGACUGAAGAAUGGAAAGUUGCUGAAGGAGGACACGAACUUUAUAAGUAUGAGUUGGGCCAAAAGGCACUAAAAGAAGUCCUACUAAGGCUAGUCGACAGCGCAGACGAGCAGGACAUGCUGCAAGACACAACUAGUUAG